UAGUACAUAAUAUGCAAAAUACAAAAUAAAAGAAGACUAUAGAAGCAAGAUAUGGCGGAAAGGAAAAUAGCGAUUAUAGGAGCCGGAAUCAGUGGACUAUUGGCCUGCAAACACUGCCUGGAGAAGAAAGGUUUAGACCCAGUUGUGUUCGAAGCCCAGAGCAACAUCGGUGGAGUUUGGUCUAAAACCAUCGAGUCCACCAAGCUCCAGACCCCAAGACCCUUUUACCAGUUCUCCGACUUUGCAUGGCCGCCUUCUGUGAAAGCCACUUUCCCAGAUCACAACCAGGUCUUGGACUACCUUCAUUCCUACGCUUCUCACUUCAAAAUCUUCCACAAGAUCAACUUCAACACCAAGGUCAUCGAUAUCUCCUAUUCUUAUUCAGAAUCCAUUUGGGAUUUCUGGGGUGGCUCUGGAGAACCAUUUUCACCAGGGAAAUGGAAUGUUACUGUUCAGGAUUCUCGUAACCCGUCUGCUCCGAUUGAGGUAUACCAAGUUGAUUUUGUGAUCGUAUGCAUUGGAAGCUUUAGUGGGUUCCCAAACAUUCCUGAUUUUGGAGUAGACAGAGGGCCUGAGGUGUUCGGUGGUGUCGUUAUGCAUUCGAUGGAUUAUGCCGCCAUGGACGAUGAAGCUGCUGCUGAGCUCAUCAGAGGAAAGCUGGUUACUGUGGUUGGAUUUCAAAAAUCAGCACUAGAUUUGGCUGCACAAGUUGCUAGAAUCAAUGGACCCGAAUACCCUUGUACGCUUCUGUUCAGGACAGUGCACUGGACUGUUCCAGAUUACUUUACGGCAUACACAUUCAAAUGCUUGAAUCGCUUUGUAGAAUUGAUGGUCCACAAACCUACUGAAGGAUUCUUUCAAUGGCUCUUCGCUUUGCUGCUUUCACCUUUGCUGUGGUUAUAUUCGAAAGCAGUGGAGAGCUUUUUGAGAUUCUUGUACCCUUUGAAGAAAUACAAUAUGGUGCCGAGUCAUGGCUUCACUCAGCAGAUAUUUUCAUGUAUGAGUGCUAUUACACCGCUUAAUUUCUAUGACAAAGUAAGAGAAGGAAGUCUCAUCCUCAAGAAGUUCAAUACGAGUUUCAGCUUUUGCAAAGUUGGUUUGGUUAUAGACAAGGAGGAAUCUACACCUCUUGCCUCUGAUAUUGUUAUCUUUGCUACUGGUUACAAACCUGAUGAGAAGCUGAAAAACAUCUUUGCAUCAUUACAUUACCAGAAAUGCAUAAUUGGGUCCUCAGCUCCCUUCUACAGGGAAUGCAUUCAUCCACGUAUUCCAAAUCUGGCAAUACUUGGAUAUAGUGAUAGUCCAGCAAACUUGUAUAGCACAGAGAUAAAGAGCAAAUGGGUAGCUGAGUUUUUGGCAGGAACUUUCAAAUUGCCAAGCGUAAAGGAUAUGGAAGAAGACGUUAUUAGGUGGGAAAAGUGUAUGAAACGAUAUUCUGGUUCAAGCUACAAGAGAUGCUGAACACUGGAGAAAUCUUCGACCCAACGGCGGAGGUAAGGUUUGCUCGAUGCUCUGGUUUAGUCUCUCCAAAGCUCCUGGGCCCACCACAGACUCAGGUCGGAGUCAUAGAACGUGUCCACCAUUGAGUGACGAGAAGUUCUCUGUCAAAUCAUGUGUCUGCAUGUGCAGUGGUGCUCAUUGAAGUGGAAAGGCCAAGGGGUGGUGGCUGUCGUCGAACGGAGGCCGGAGUCAUAGAGACCGUGGUGUUGUGUUGUUGGUGGCUUGGCCGUUGAUGGAGGAGAAGACCAAGUAUCUCAGUAGUGCUACGAACUUCACGUCGAAGAAUAAGCAUGUUUCUUCAAGGGAGGAAGGUUGGGUUUCGCAUUGGACUGUCGUCGAACGGAGGCCGGAGUCAUAGAACGUGUCCACCAUUGAGUGACGAGAAGUUCUCUGUCAAAUCAUGUGUCUGCAUGUGCAAUGGUGCUCAUUGAAGUGGAAAGGCCAAGGGGUGGUGGCUGUCGUCGAACGGAGGCCGGAGUUAUAGAGACCGUGGUGUUGUGUUGUGGUGGCUUGGGCGUUGAUGGAGGAGAAGACCAAGUAUCUCAGUGGUCUUCACGUCGAAGAAUAAGCAUGUUUCUUCAAGGGAGGAAGGUUGGGUUUCACAUUGGAAGAAUCUGGGUGUUUCAACAUUAAGGAGGAAAUUAUUUGAGGUUUUUAUGCCAUUUGCUACUGCUUGACAUUGGAUUGAUUUAUUAGAAAUUAUUGAUUUUAUUCGAAUUGUAA